UGUAUUUAAGUGAGACCGAGCCUGUGGUUAGUAUAUAUAUCUUUGACUUGGAUGGAUUGAUUUAUAUUCACAUAUUUAUAUAAUUACACCGAUAUUGCCCAAGAUGAACGAAGAACCUCCUCUCUCCCUCCCCACCCCGCAGACCUCAUGUCCUUUGUUUACUCUUCUCCCCGCCGAGAUCCGCAAUCGAAUCUACCAGUUUGCCCUCGAGUCCGAGGACACAGCGACAGACGAGCUCUCGAGCAGGCUGCGCUAUCGCCGAGACGCCUUCUUCUACCGGCCUGGCUUCAAACAGCCGAAACGCAUCACCACCGCUCUCCUACAAACAUGCCAGCAGAUCUACGCCGAGGCGUCGCUCCUCCCGCCAGCUGUCAAUGAACAUACCUUCUGGUUUUACCGGGGCCCGCCGCACAUCAAGUACCCUUCGUCGCCGGUUCCGUAUUUUAGCAGCAUGAGCCCGAAGCAGCGGGCGGCGGUGUACCAUCUGCAUUUCUUCACGCAGCAGUAUUUCCUGGAAGAACAUUGGACUAAAGUAUUUGAGGGGAUGCGGGUGGGAGGAGAAGGAGGAGAAGGAGGAGAAGGAGGAGAAGGAGGAGAAGGAGGAGAAGGAGGAGAAGGAGAAGGAGGAGGAGAGGAAGAGAGCGGUUCGAGCAAGUGCAUAAUUGCACCCAAGAAGCUCACCAUCACCCUCCGCCAUACAGAUUGGUGGUACUGGGAGAACAACGAUACGUUGGGCAUUGAUCCGUUCCGGCCUGGAAGAACGCACGCUGCCGAUAUGGGUAAGGCUGUCUCUGCCCUGGCUGGGAAAGGAUGGGGGCACCGGUUCUCCUACAUAUCCAGUCUGGAGGAACUGGUCAUCGAGUUCGAGACGAUCAUGCGGAAGAAGGACCAGUUAGAUGCCAUCAUCCAGCGGGCUCUGGAGUGGAGAUUUCCCAUGAAGCAGGACAAGUCGUUGUAUCUGGUCGCCGACCCGGAAUCGAAGAGUGCGUACACUUGGAUCGGGGCAAAGGAGGCACACUUGAAACGCGGGGGGCGGAUUCGGGGGAUUUUACCACGGCGAAGGGUGUUUUUCGUUCCAGCGCCGGACCAGCAGCCAGAGAUUCCUCCACCUCCUCCUCACUCAGUCGAUGAGCAGGAAGAUUUUGCGAUCCCGAUCUUGAAGCCGUUUGAUCCUAGCUCUGCCCAGGACAACCGUCCGGGACUGGAUACAGAGAAGGAGGAGGAGUUUUACGUUGUUUUCCUGACAUGGAGACUGCAGCUGGUUGAGGAGAGGUUUAUAUAGCCGAUGAACGUAUAUGACAGGAUCAGAACUGACGGUACUUGCGAGAGUUUGAGAAUACGAGAAGGAUUGAGCAAAUUAUCCAUUGAAAUCAAUA